AUGAGGGCAUCAACAGACCUCCCUGCCACAGGGGCAAUCACUCCACCGGGAGAGUCAUUGGAUGAAACAUUGAUUUCAUUUAACAAAGGACCCUUUACUCCAUCUCCGUCGACUGAGAAGGAGAAUGAAAUAGAUGGAAUUUGGCAACAAGUGGCUGAUCAAUGCCAUUGUUCUCUGGACGAGAUUGAAGAUGUAUACGCCUGCACCGCCCUUCAGGAAGCAAUGAUAGCCCUCACCUUCAAAGACCCGAGAGCAUACACCAUCGAACACGAAUACCGGCUGCCACGAGAGGUUGACCACCAUAAGCUGCAGGGGGCAUGGAUCAAAACGGCCCAAGCCAACCCAAUUUUGAGAACUCGUAUGAUUCCAACUGGUCAGCUCGGGUGUGUGCAGGCAGUGGUGCAAGGAUCAAUUCCAUGGGAGGUGCAGGAGACCGACAAUGGCAUAAAUGGUGAGAUCGCCAGCCCUUCUUGGCGAGCGGGAGCUCCACUGGCGUAUUUCGUCUUCAAUGUCACCGAGCAUAAGCUGAAAAUCACAAUCCAUCAUUCCAUCUGCGACCACUGGUCUGUGGCAUUGUUGUUGCGCCAAGCCGACGCCGCGUACAGAGGCGAGGAACUGUCUUUCCACCCCUUUCGUCCUCUAGUGGACCAUGUACAGCGUACCCAAGACAAAGCAAAUGAGUUUUGGGGAUGUAUGUUCCAUGAUGCACACGAAGCCACGAUGAGGGCUUUUCCUCAACUACCCACAGUGGGUCAUUCUGCCAGACCAACCGAGCGGGUAGAGAGGUCCUUUGGCAUCCAAGAUGGAAAGAGUUCCUCAAGCACUGUCGGCACCAAGAUUCGGUUAGCCUGGGCUAUCCUGCAAUCGGUCUAUACUGGCUCCGACGAUACAUUAUUUGGAGCAGUUAACGCGGGUCGUGCAGUGUCCGUUCCGGGAGUGCAAGACUUGAGCGGACCUGCACUAGCCAGCGUACCGGUGCGCAUCAAGUUGUGCGGCCAGAAUACCGUUUCAAAUGCCUUAGUUGCAGUGCAGGAUGAAUGGGCAGCAUCUAUGGAGUUUGAACAUGUCGGAUUGCAAAACCUGCUUCGGCUUGGACCUGGUCCAGCAGCAGCAUGUCAUUUCCAGACCCUGCUCUCGGUCGAGCCUCGAGAUGGUCAUCAACUUCCCGACAUAUUCUCACAAAGCCGAUCGACAAAGUUGACAUAUGAUAUGUAUUCUUUGAUCCUCCGAUGUCGUCCCUCCACCGCCACAAUGUGGAUUGAAGCUUCUUUUGACCCGGCAGUAACCGAGCCCUUUCAAAUGAAGCGAAUUCUCUCCCAAUUCAUUCAUAUAUACGAGCAGAUCGACACUAAACCGGGCCUCACACUUUCCGAUAUCAGUGUCGUGAGUCCCGAAGAUUUGAACGAUCUCCGCCGCCAGAACAUCUUGACAAAGCGCCCUGAUGUCAUGCCGUGUGUUCAUUCUCUAAUUGAAAGACGUACACGGCAGCAGCCUCUUUCUCCGGCCAUCAGUAGCUGGGAUGGGAGCUAUUCAUAUCUAGCCCUCGAUCACUUGUCUUCAGCAUUGGCUGAUCGUCUUUCCCUGCAUCAUGUUGGCCUUGGGUCGUUUGUACCUCUUCUCUUAGGAAAGACUAAGUGGAUGGCUGUCGCCAUGCUUGCUGUGAUGAAAGCUGGUGCUGCUUUUGUGCUUCUAGAACCAUCACACCCACAGUCCCGAUUGCGGAAUAUGUGUGAAGCUGUUGCAGCUCCCCUAGUAUUGAGUUGCGGCUCACAUAUUGAACUGGCGGCCCAUCUUGGAGUCAAAGCGUUGCUCAACGUGAAUUCCUUUGACUCCGAGCAGUUGCAUCGCAAUAACACAUCUCGGAGAUCCUCAGUCAGCCCACAGGAUCCCGUUUAUCUAACAUUUACCUCUGGAUCCACGGGAACCCCCAAAGGUGUGAUUGUUCACCAUGAAGGCUUUGCUUCAAGUUCUAUGGCCCAUGGCAAGCCAUACCACUUCACACCGGAGUCGCGUGUGCUACAAUUUGCCUCUCCGGCAUUUGAUUCUUGCAUUAUCGAACAUUUCAGCACGUUGAUCCAGGGAGGCUGUGUUUGCAUUCCGUCAACAGACGACUGUCAAAGUAAUCUUGUGGAAUCUAUGAACCGCUUUGCAGUGGAUGUUGCCUGCCUGACGCCCAGUGUCACCCGGAUCAUUAGUCCUGAUAGUGUUAAGUCGUUAAAAGUUUUGAUGUUUGUCGGGGAGGCAGUCUUAGCUAGCGACGUUGUCCGCUGGGAGCCUUUUGUACACGUUGGAAAUGCGUACGGCCCAGCAGAGUGCUCAGCAGUGUUCAGUGUACAACCAAGCCUUAAGAGCAGCGAUCCGGCGAACAUAGGAUUUAGCACAGGGGGAUCUGGAUGGGUUGUUCAUCCGGAAGAUCAUCGGGUGCUCAUGCCACUGGGAUGCACUGGAGAACUAUUAAUAGAGGGACCAGUCGUCGGAAAGGGAUAUCUAUCGAAUCCCGAGCAGACGGCUGGAGUCUUCGUUGAAGCACCUCCCUGGCGCCUGCAAUUUGGCUCCGUUGCAUCCAGGAAAUUGUACAAGAGCGGAGAUUUGGUGCAAGCUACUGGCGAUGGUAGUUUCCGAUACUUCGGACGCAAGGACACCCAGGUCAAGCUACACGGACAGCGUCUGGAACUAGCCGACAUUGAGUACCAUCUUCACAGAGCGUUUCCAAAAGCCCAUCAAACUCUUGCGGAAGUUCUCCGGUCAUCUGCUCCGAACACUAUCAAUGAUCAUCGACCAGAGGCUUUGUUGGUCGCGUUUAUAUGUGUCCCUGCGUCUCCAGAUGCCGACGGCAAUCAUGAAGCCGAAUUCCUUCCCCCAAAUGACGAAUUUAGUAAGGCUUGCGCUGCAGCAGAGGCCAGUAUGUCGGAUGUUCUACCCUCUUUCAUGAUUCCACGGUUUUUCCUACCCCUAUCCCAUAUACCUCUGACGCCAUCCGGGAAGACCAAUCGACGCCAUAUCCAGGAGCAGGCCAAUAAGCUGUCUUUGGAGCAGAUGCAGGCUUAUCGAGCUGUGAAGAUCCAACCGGAGGCACCAUCAACUUCUCGCGAGGAAAAACUUCAAGAGAUCUGGGCUAAGACACUUAAUCGAACUGUUGAAGAGAUCGGCACUACGGAAAGCUUCUUCCGCCUGGGAGGUGAUUCAGUCAGCGCGAUGCAAGUCGCUGCAGGCUGUCGCACCGUCGGACUCAAAGUAGCUGUUGCUGAUAUAUUCCGAUUUCCAAGCAUCAAGCAACUGGCGGAAAGGAUCCAAGAUUCCGGAUCCGUCUCGCUUUCCCCAGCCGGGGAGGAGGAUCAAACAGAGGUGUGGUUUGAACUAUCUCCGAUCCAGAAGCUCUUCUUUGAGCGAGUACCCAAUGGGCACAACAAGUUCACCCUCGAGUUCAUUCUCCGACUCAGCAAGCCCCUUCCACCUCCGGAGAUUAAACGAGCAAUUGAGAAGAUUGUUGCCGCUCAUUCAAUGCUCCGCGCCCGGUAUGAACAACGGGCAGAUGGUCAAUGGGGACAGAUUAUUGGUCGUGAUGUCUCUAGAAGCCUCCGGUUUAGAGAGCAUCGGGUCCCGUCUAUGAAUGACCGGAAAGCCUUGCAGACAAUUUUAUCAACCAGCCAGAGCACGCUUGAUAUUAUCCAGGGAGUAAUGAUUGUUGUUGACGUUAUCACUACCGACACUGGGGAGCAGUUUCUUGGGUUGAUGGCUCAUCAUCUUGUGAUUGACCUAGUGUCAUGGCGCGUCCUUCUGCAAGACCUGGAAGAUAUCCUCAACACGGGUCGUACCAUACAGCCUCUCUCCAGAUCAUUCCAACAAUGGUGCCGGCUGCAAGGAAGCUAUGCCAAAGAGUCUCUUGAUCCCAGUAAAACGCUGAAGACAGAAAUUCCACGUCCAUCGAUGGACUACUGGGGCUCAGAAACUAUCCUGACUGCAAAUACUUGGGCGGAUGCAACGCGACGAACAAUCACAGUCUCUAAGGAAACAACGGAGGCAAUAAUUGGUGCUGCAAAUGGCGCAUUCCACACCCAACCAGUGGAGAUCAUUCAGGCAGCUGUACUUCACGCCUUUGUUCAGGCCUUUGACGAUCGACUCGCACCCACCAUGUUCAGCGAAGGGCAUGGGAGGGAGCCAUGGGAUGCGGACAUUGAUAUAUCCCGCACAGUUGGAUGGUUCACCACUAUUGUACCUUUGUUCUUGGAUGUCAAGAAAGAGGACAGCGUCAGGAGGAUCUUGCAGAUAACAAAAGACGGCCGUCGCAGCAUAUCCAACAACGGAUGGGCAUACUUUGCGUCUCGAUUCCUCCACCCCGAGGGGCCGAAGAAAUUCCAGAGUCAUUCCCCAAUGGAGAUUCUUUUCAACUACACCGGUCUUUUCCAGCAAUUUGAACGACCAGGUGCACUUCUUCAGAUGACAUCAGUCCACGAUGAUUCUCUUCUCCCCAUGGCAGCCGAUUUGCCGCGCAUGGCUCUCAUUGAUGUGAACGCGACCGUCAUGAACGGCUCUCUAAACUUGUCCUUCAUCUAUAACCAGCGAUUGCAGCAUCAGGACCGACUGGAGCAAUGGAUUAGCAAUUGUCUACAAACCCUUGAGCAACUCCCCCUGGAGCUGCAGCAGGAACAGAGACUUUCCGCAGUCGACUUUCCAUUGCUAUCACUUGCAAGCGAGGAGCAGCUCCACAUCCUACUCCAUCAGGUCUCAGGUCGAUUCGAUGUAUCUCCGUCCGGAAUCGAGGAUAUGUUCCCUUGCUCGCCAAUUCAACUCGGCAUGUGGCUGAGCCAAUUAAGGAACCCUCAAGUAUACUGGUCGCAUAUCCGGUGGUCUCUGUUACCAACCCCCGCCAACUCAAUCAAUGUCGAUGAAGUGAAGCAAGCGUGGCAGCAGGUUGUUGACCGUCAACCCAUCUUGCGCACUGUCUUUACAGAUAGUAUCACAGGGCAAGGUCAUCCUGUCCAAGUAGUUCUGAGAACAUGCGAGGCAAACAUCAAAGUGUUGUUAGGAUCGGAAUUACGUGCGGAAGGUCAAGUUCCCUCUCUUUCGGAUGAGUUCCUCUUGAAUCCAAAGUCGCCAAAUACGAAGGGUCUCCCACCCCAUCAGCUUACUGUCGCAAUUGAGCCUGAUGGUGGAGCUUACUGCCAGCUUGCUAUUCACCACAUUCUUGUUGACGGUAUCACCGAGCAAAGGUUAUUGUCAGAAUUCCACCAAGCAUGCAAUGGGACACUAGGCGCCGAGUCUGCGGGCAGCUAUAGUCGGUACCUGGGCUACCUGCAAACUCGGGAUCAUAGGGCUUCGGAAUCCUAUUGGAAGGAAUAUCUGGUUGAUGUUCACCCAUGUAUUUUCCCAUCCCUUGGAUCGAAAAAGCAUGGGACUGCGUCGAGCUCUCUGAAGUCGUUACCAUUCUCCAUGGCUUUUGGACAAAAUCUCCGUUCAUUCUGCCAGUAUCAUAGCAUCACCAUUUCCAGUUUGCUGCAAGUCGCUUGGGGCAUGGUUCUCCGUGUAUACACGGGAAGCGAGUCUGUAUGCUUCGGGUAUUUGAAUGCUUGCCGUGAUAUUCCAGUGAAAGAUGCGCAUGAUAUCUCUGGGCCAUUGAUUAAUCUUUUGAUUUGUCGCUUAUCUUUGGCUGAUAAAUCAUCGGUUCUGUCAACGCUUGCUGAAAAUCAUGAGGCCUAUGCCCGAAGCCUCGAUCAUCAACAUUGUUCUUUGGCAGAGGUCAUGCAUUCUUUGAAUCGGUCUGGUCAACCUUUGUUCAAUACCGCGAUGUCAUUACAGAAGGACGCCGGCAGUUUAUUCUCUGAACAGGCUCAAAAGAUUAAGCUAGUACCAGAAGAUGGGAUUGACUCAACUGAGACCAUUGAUGGUGAUCUGACAUACUGGACACACGCUGUGGCUGAUGCUCAGGCUGAAUUGGUGGCCGACACCUUCCAUCACAUCGUUCUGCAGCUUACUGAUCCCAAAAUCACCGAUCUCAGCGACAUAAAUAUGUCAAUGGGGAAGAAUGAGAGUCAAAUGCUUUGUUUCAAUUACAACCUGCCGGAAACUGUGCGAUCUUGUAUUCACACAGACAUACAACGAAUGGCGACGGCGCAACCCACAUCGCCAGCAGUCGAUGCCUGGGAUGGUCAGUUCACAUAUGAGACCCUCGAUCUUCUCUCGUCGCUAUUGGCUAAAGACCUGGUCCUAAUGGGUGUUGGUCCCGAGGUAUUCGUGCCAGUAUGCCGUGAAAGAUCCCGAUGGACGGUCGUCGCCAUAAUCGCGAUUUUAAAGGCAGGUGGAGCAUUUAUCCUGCUUGACCCUUCGCAUCCAGUGGAGCGGCUUCAAGAGAUGGUGCAAGUGGAUUUCCAGUGUCCAGUCAUCAUCACCUCAUCGAAGUACCUUGAAAUUGCAGCCACUCUAGCACCGAACACCAUCACCGUGGAGGACAUCAGCCAAAUAUUGCAUUCUGCGAUUCGAAAAGACACUAUCCCGUUGAUGACUAGUCCAAAGUCAUCUGCAUAUGCUGUUUUUACAUCUGGGUCGACUGGUAGACCAAAGGCAAGCGUCAUCCAACACCAGUCUUUCCUGUCAGCAUCAGCCGCACAUACCCAGGUACUUCGUCUUGAUAAAAAAGCCCGGGUCAUCCAAUUUGCUUCUUAUGCUUUUGACGCUAGCAUUGUGGAAAUGGUCGACACACUUUUGGUCGGUGGCUGUAUCUGUAUUCCCUCCGAUACAGACCGAAAUCAGAGACUAGGUCAUGCAAUCUUCGAGAUGCAAGUGAAUUGGGCGCUGUUGACGCCUUCUGUGGCACGCCUCCUAAAUCAGCAGCAUGUUUCGACCUUGAAGACACUUGUUCUCGGUGGAGAGGGCAUGACUAGGGACGAUGUCCAUCGCUGGUCACCGCAUGUACGCUUAAUGAAUGCCUACGGUCCCUCAGAAUGCUCUGUCAUUGCCGCAGCCCAGCCAUCACCGGAAUACCUCUCACAAGAUGAAUCAAACAUUGGACAACCUACUGGUUGCAUCGCAUGGGUGGCACAGCCAAACAGACCAGAGAAGCUUGUACCUGUGGGUGCUGUCGGAGAACUGCUCAUCGAGGGUCCUAUUGUCGGUCGCGGUUACGUGAAUCGUCCAGAGGCUAUGGCAGCGGCAUUCUUCCCAUAUCCCGCUUGGUUAUGCAAGCUACGUGGUUCCAGCCAUGGUAUCUUGUACCGUACAGGGGAUCUUGUGAGGCGUCUUGUGGAUGGCUCCAUAAAAUACAUCGGACGGAAAGAUCGUCAAGUCAAGUUGCGUGGACAGCGUAUCGAACUUGCUGAAGUUGAGCACCACGUUCGGGGGUGCUUCCCUAUCAACGACCCUGAAGUCUUUGCAGACUUGGUCGCAGCAGACGAUGCCAAAGAUGCACAGUUGGUGGUCUCUAUUAUUCAACCAGAAGAUAGUUGCGAUUCUCAAAACUUCGACGCGGCCGUGGAGCAGAUGCUAUCGCGUCUUCGGGCAGAUGUUCCACCUUCUCUUAUUCCCUCCGCAUUUGUUCCAGUCUAUCGUGUACCACGUUUGGUGAAUGGAAAGAUUGACCGAAAGCAAUUGCGCCAUGCAGCAUCUAAAGCGCUACAAGUACAGAUUAGUCAAGGAGAAAGCAAGUACCAGCAGCGACAUUCAAGAGAAAUGACACAAGGGGAACGUACAUUGCAAAAUUUUUGGGCUCAAGUGCUGGCUCGCCCUGCGGAGACAGUCGGACCUGACGACAACUUCUUCCGCUUGGGUGGAGACUCCAUCGCAGCAAUGAGGCUGGCUGCCACGGCUAGCGAGCAAGGCAUUCAACUAGGUGUCUCGGAUAUCUUCCUACAUCCUAAGCUUAGUGACCUCGCACGGAAUUGCUCACUUCCAGAGCCGAAGGAACGAACAAACUCCAAGCCAAAAGAAUUAGGUGAUCCGGUGCCCUCAUUCUCAAUGCUCCCGGCAAAUCACCUGGAAGAACUCAAGUCGCAGGCAGUAGAGCAAUGCAACCUCCCGAUCGAGAAAAUCGCGGACAUAUACCCCUGUACCGCAUUGCAGGCCGGUAUGGUAGCUUUGACAGCGGAGCGUCCCGGUUCAUAUAUCGCAUACCAUCGUUUCCGUUUAGGGUCAGAUAUUGAUCUGUCUCUGUUGAAAGCUGCUUGGGAGACAGUAGCGAAACACAACCAAAUUUUGCACACCCGAUUUAUUCAGUCUGAAAUUGGCUUCAUGCAGGUUCUAGUACAGAAUAGUGAGCUUCACUGGGUCUUGGGUGACACAAAGGAAGACAAAAGGUUACAUUGGGAUGUUCUUUUAGGCCAGCCACUGGUGCAGUUCGAAGUCAUCCCGGCGUUGAGCGAGGGUUCGAACAAACCUCAGCGACUUGACCUGGUUAUCACAAUUCAUCAUGCUCUGUAUGACUCUUGGUCACUGCCUCUGCUUGUGCACCGUGCGCAGGCGGCCUACCAGGGCCAGGUAUUGGAGCCCUCCGACAUGACCCCAUUCAAAGAAUUCAUCGAAUAUUCCGUGUCCCAACAAAAGGACGCGCUCGAACAUUGGCGUCGUGAAUUCCAUGAACUUACCGCCGAGCCAUUCCCCACACUUCCUUCCACGUCAUAUCGGCCCCAGGCUUCGAAACAAACGGUACGAACGAUUGAGACCGGUCCAGUGAUGGAUGAAUGUGUCAGUCGAACAACCGCCAUUCGUUUCGCAUGGGCUCUUGUUCAGUCCCAGUACCAGAGCAAUGACGAUGUGGUAUUUGGAAUUGUAUCCCCUGGUCGAGCAGCACCCGUCAAUGGCAUUGAGGGCAUGGCUGGUCCAACAAUUGCCACGCUUCCUUUGCGCGUGCAAAUCGAUGAUAAUUCAACGGUCUCACGCGCCCUCAGAAAUUUGCAAGAACGGACAAUACAACUCAUACCAUUCGAACAAGUCGGGCUACCUGAAAUUGCUGCCAUAGGACCCGAGGCCAAGCAGGCUUGUUCGUUCCAAACUCUUCUUGUGGAGGGGAGAGGAGAGGCUGAAAACUUGGGAACCACCUAUGGCCCUAUGGAACCCAUGGGAACAUCAUCGGGAGAUGCUGCGUCAAAUACCUACGCCAUUCAGGUAGCCGUUAUGCUAAAGCCAAACAUGGUGACUGUUGCGGUGUCCACUGAUGAGACUGUUAUUCCAGCAUGGCAAGUGGAACAUAUGCUAGACCAAUUCAGCCACCUUUUGCAGCAGGUGCACCAUCACCCAACACAGCUGGUGCAUGAAAUUGCUACCUUAAAUGACAAGGAUAUCCAGCAGCUGCAAGCCUGGAACAUCGGAAUCCCGGUACGAUGCCCGGUGUCGAUCACUGAUGUGAUUUCUCAGCAUUGUGAGAAGCAACCAUUGAGCAUAGCCGUCUCAUCUUCCAACUUCAGCCUAUCCUAUAAGGAGCUAGAUCUUCUUUCGACCAACAUCGCUAGCCUUUUGCAUUUGCGUGGAGCCUCAUCAGAGAUCUUCGUUCCAAUAUACUUGGAUCGGUCAUGCUGGACCGUGGUAGCGGUGUUGGCCGUGCUCAAGGCAGGGGCAGCCUUCGUCCUUCUGGACACCUCGCAUCCACAAGAACGGCUUCGGAAUAUUUGCGCAGAAGUAAAGCCUCGUUUCAUUCUUACAUCACCCGAGCAUCGCCAUGAAGCCGAGGCUUUGUUCCAAAAUGUUGUGAUCAUGCCUCAGAGCAUUGACUCCGAGUGUGCAUCGAUCCCACAGUAUAGGACGUCCCGCUUGGGCCCAGAUCGUGCUCUUUAUGCGGUGUUCACAUCCGGUUCAACCGGUAAACCCAAGGGAGUUGUGAUUGAGGAUGGUUCCUUCAUGACAAUGACCAACGAAGUUUCUCGUUUAAUGAAUAUUGGCCCAGGCUCCCGCGUCCUGAACUUCUCUUCCUAUGCUUUCGACGUCGGUAUUUCGGAAAUACUCGGUUCAUUGAUUGCUGGUGCCUGCAUCUGCGUUCUGACGGAGUCUGAGCGUAGAGGCCGACUAACUGAGUCAUUGCAAGAGCUACGGCCAUCUCAUGCCUAUUUUACCCCCGGUGUGUUACGCGCGAUGGUGCCAAACGACUUGGGCUCACUCCGGACGAUCAUGCUCGGUGGAGAACCCCUUCGGUCAAGCGAUAUUAAGCAGUGGGUGCCACAUGCACGUAUCAUAUCAGGUUACGGUCCAGCAGAAUGCACGGUCACAUUCACUGUGCAGUCCCCAAUCGACUCUAGCUCGCAAGGCGGGAACAUCGGUUUCCCGAUUGCAGGCGCCUGCUGGGUGACCGAUCCACGAAAUCCUGAUCGAGUCGCUCCUAUUGGUGCAGUGGGCGAGCUUCUUCUUCAAGGACCUCAGGUCGGUCGAGGAUAUUUGAACAGUCCAGAACAAACAAGUACAAACUUUAUCCCAUCUCCAACAUGGAUGCGACAUGGUGGCUUCACCGGUGGUGAAAAGGAGGGCCGAGUGUAUCGAACAGGCGACCUUGUUCGUUAUGAGAAGGACGGAUCUCUCUCGUUCGUAGGACGAAAGGACCUCCAGGUCAAGCUACGAGGUCAGCGCUUUGAGCUUGCAGAAGUUGAGAAGCGACUACAGGAGAUCUGGCCUGAAGAUCUAACAGACAUCGUGGCUGAGAUUGUGACUCCGGUGGCUUCGAUGAAUUCUAAAUGCUUGGUUGUGUUUGUCGCUUCCAAAGCGGCCGAGUGGGCUUCACCGGUAUCCAGCUCACCAAUCCCAUCCCUGGAAAUUGUUGCCACGACCAACUUUGCCGCCCAGGUCCCGAGUGUCAAACGCCAACUCGGUGAUAUUCUUCCAGAUUAUAUGUUACCGUCUGCAUUUGUGCCUCUUCGACGGAUACCACACACCACUAGUGGCAAGGUGGACCGAAAACAGCUGAGAGACUCGGCGGCGAGCGCAACGCGGGUGCAGCUGGAGUCAUUGUUUGCUGAAGCCCCUUCAGAUAAGCGAGUGCCCGCCAUGGGAACAGAGCGGGAAUUGCAGCACAUCUGGGCGAAAGUACUCGAUAUUGCAGCUGACGAGAUUGGAGCCGAGGACAGCUUCUUCCGAUUGGGAGGCGAUUCCAUCUCCGCCCUUAAAGCCGCAUCGAGGGCGAGGGCAACUGGAAUCGCGCAUUCAGUGGAGAGUUUGUUCCAGUGGAAAACAAUAAUGCGGGUUGCAAAACAUGCUACCCUCGUGAACGCCGCUGAAACCACGGAUGUGAUGCAGACUAAAGCUUCUUCUAUGCGGCACCAUAUACCCUACUCCCUGAUUAGGGAUCACGAACGUGCAGAAAUUUUUGCUUCUCACUCCGCACCGGAACAUCCGUUGAUCAAAAAUAAUGUGGAAGAUAUCAUCCCGGCGCUCCCAUUCCAAGUCUUCUACAUCACCCAUGCAUCGCCAGUCUCGAUGGCACAAAUAUUCCCAGUGACCCUGGACAUCGAUAGACUAAAAAGCGCCUGCAGGCAUGUUGUUGCCCACCACAGCAUAUUACGCACAGUAUUUGUGGAGGCCAACGGCCGGUUCUUCCAGGUGAUCCUCCGGGAUGUUGAGCCUGUGCUUAAUGUUGUUCAUUGCGACGAUCCACAGGCAUAUGUUGCUCGAGAGUCCGAACAAAAGGUUCCACCUUAUACAGCUCAGGGUACAAUGGCAGUCAGCUUCACUCUGGUCACUAGCCGCAUCAAACAGUGCUCUGCAUUGAUUCUCAGAAUAUCCCAUGCGCAGUAUGAUGGGGCCUCCAUACCGUUGCUGUGGGAAACGAUGAAAAAGGCUUAUCAUAAUGAGCCUCUCACACCGGCUGUCCAAUUCAAGGAUGUCGCCUAUAAACGAAUGGGCGAUCUCAACAAAGCCGAAAGUUCAUUCUGGCGACGAUACCUUCAAGGUGCUCCGUCCGAUGCCCUCGAUCCCCUUCAUCAAACCGGAAAGACACGGGUUUCGGACAAUGACAUAGUCGAGAAGCGCCAAACGGCUAUGCCAUCUCUUCCACCAGACAUGACCAUGUCAACGCUCGUGAAAGCAGCUUUCUCAUGGGUCCUGUUUGAGAAAACUACGCAAUCUGAUAUUAUCCUAGGUCAGGUUGUUCACGGACGUGGGAGUUCCCUUUUGGACGCGAAUACAGCCAUUGGACCGUGCUUGAAUCAUCUUCCCGUUCGAAUCAGGAUUGAACCUGACUGGACGGUGGAGGAUUUCUUGCAUCAUGUUCAGGUGCAGCAGCUAGAAAUCACUGGCCACGACCAAGCGUCAUUUGAUGCGAUCGCCAAAUGUUGCACACAGUGGCAACCUGGCUCGAAAAUGGCUUGUCUUGUCCACCACCAGAGCGACGAAGCCACAGAGCCCUUCGAAAUGGGUGGUGUUCGCUCAUCGUCUGGUCGCGAUUGGGCCAGCUCCAAGUUGGCACAUGGUCAGCUAGCUAUCAUUUCCGUGGAACACGGAUCCCAGCUUGAGCUCAUGGUCACAGCUACUGAGGAUACCAUGGACCAACGUAGCGUUGAGGUUCUGUUGGAGAAGCUAGUUGCCACCAUCCAGUUGUUCUCAAAGUUUACCCAGUGCCGGUUGGGAAGGAUGAAUAGUAGGAUCCACACAUGA